AUGGAAGGGCAACACCUGGUGCUGCGUUUGCGUGCCUCUUCUGGGCAUAGCAGAGUGACGUGCAACAGCAGUAUCACGGCAUCCGAGUUGUAUGUGCAGGUAGCCCAGCAGCUGAAAGUUCCUGAAGAUACACUCGACCUCUACACAGAUGCUGCGAAGAAACAGCUAUUGCCGCGGGCCGCGUGCUGUGUAGAGUCUUUGGGCCUUUCUUCCGGAUGCCUCCUUUUUGUUGACACACGAGGCAGCAACGCUGUUGUUAGACAUUCUGCAACCCUCUUCACGCCAUCGCACAGCCUUAAAGACGUGGCUCUCGACAUUCCGCCGGCGGAAGGCAGACUUGCGACUUCAUGCGGUAGUUGUGCGUUUCUGUGGGCUGCUGCUCUCUGCCCAGGCCUGCCCACAGCCAGUUCCAGCAGUUCUAGUUCAAACCUUAGCAGCAGCAGCAGCAGCAGCAAGGAUGCCGACAGCAGCGGCAACAACAGUGCAUUUAAACCCUUUGACAAAUUCCUAGAGGAGAGGGACUACGCCGUUCUGGAUUUGCCGCUCGUCAACAGCUUCACAGCCACAAAGCUGCAGGCUGGCCAUAUGAACAAGCUUCCUCAGACGCUGACGCUGAAGCACCAGGUGUACCGACACGUGGAUCACCUGGAACUGAUGAAUGUUUCCGAGGUGCAGCAGUUCGUUUCCUACUGGAAGAAUGAUCUCAAUAUGCAACAGCAACGCUGCGGCUUCAUGUUUGGCUAUUAUCGAGAAGAUCGGCAUUAUCCUUUGGGGAUUCGCGCCGUCUGUGAAGCCGUCUAUGAACCUCCUCAGGAAGGAACGGAGGACGAAUUUCGUUUGCUAGAAGGCCACGCUUCAGAAAUGGAGUUGGCUGCUGCAGUCGCUGCUCGUCUUGGACUCGAGCUGAUUGGCUUUGUCUUCACGCAUAAACCAAGGAAGCAGCUCCUUACUCCAAAGGAGGUUUUGUUCCUCGCAAAGCUACAGCUCGCUCACCUUCAGUCGAGUCAUUUCUCGGGGUAUCCGGUUCCUAAGUUUGUCGCAUGCACCGUGGCGCUGCAGCACACUGCUGAGCCUCAAGAGCUCGAGCAGCAGGAACAGAAGCAGCAGGAACAGAAGCAGCAGGAAAUCGUUCCUAACGCCUUUAUGGUAUCCGAUUUGAUUAUGGCUCUUGUUCGAGACGGCAUGAUCGCCGACGAGCAAACCGAUGAGACACACAUCGUCCUUAGCAAACCCCGCAAGGGAGAAUUGCGGCCGCAGGUGCUGGAAUCGGGUGUGGAAAAGGACCGAUUCGACGCAAGCUGGUGUAUUGUCAGGGUUAAUGAAUCUGCGCCUAAACGGGUUCGCUCUUUCUUCCAGCACACGCAUUUCCCUAGAGAAAAUCGGAUUAUAGCCCAAACUCCGCAAGACAUUCAAGCAUACUUUAACCACCCCUCGAUGAGCCGCUCGGCUGCGGGUGCUGCUGGGGGUUCUGACGCUAACUGGAGCCGAUUCUGUGACUUCCACUUACUGCUCUAUGUUGCGCGUCUCUUCGACCUUCCCACGAGCCUUACCAUCUGCGACUCGGUCUCUAAAGAAACGCCGGUGGAUGCCGGCAUGGAAGACAUUCUAAAGUCCCUUGCCUAG